AUGUCUUCCCAAAAAAUUGAUUUAACACAAUUAAACCCUGAACAACUAACUGUUGUCAAACAGCAGAUAGACCAAGAACUACAGCAUUUCACACAAUCAUUACAUGCUUUGAACAUGGCUCGUUCAAAGUUCAAAGAAUGUAUAGACGAUAUCAAGACUGUGAGCAGAGAUGACAACGCAAAUCAAAAUCUGUUGGUCCCACUUUCUGGUUCCCUUUAUGUAUCUGGUAAAAUCCAAGAUAAUAAGAAAUUUAUGGUAGAUGUAGGAACUGGUUAUUACGUUGAUAAAUCUGCUGAAGAUGCUAUCCAAUUCUACCAAAAGAAAGUAGAUAAAUUGAAUAAGGAAUCUCUUCAAAUUCAAGAGAUUAUCAAAGAGAAAAAUCAAUCAUCACUAGCAAUUGAAAAUCAAUUGAGAAUUGCUGCCAUCAAACAACAUGAACAGAUGGCUGCUGCGCAGAAGUCAUAG